AUGUCAGCUUCUACAGCCCAAUACAAGGACCGCCAGUUCCUCGCUGUCAUUGGCGAUGAGGACACGGUAACGGGCAUGUUGCUCGCCGGCGUCGGGCACGUAACGCAGCCUCCGGAUUCGCAGAAGAACUUUCUUGUAGUGGAUGCGAAAACGCAGAACGCCGACAUCGAAGCCGCAUUCGAUCGCUUCACGCAGGAGCGCAAGGAUAUUGCUAUCCUUCUCAUAAACCAGCAUAUUGCGGAGCGAAUAAGGCACCGAGUCGAGACUUACACCGCCGCUUUCCCGUCCCUUCUUGAGAUACCCUCGAAAGACCACCCCUACGACCCCGACAAGGACAGUGUGCUCAAGCGGGUGCGAAGACUGUUUGGAGAGUAG